UACCGAACUUGCUUUUCGCGGGUUUGCCGGUGGGCGGGAUUGUUGAGGAGGCCGAAAAAAAGCUAGCUAGGUUAGCCAGAAAAGAAGUUUGAAGUUCUCUGAGGAGAAAUUAUAAAAAAUAUAAUUAUUUUUCCCAACAUACGUAAUUUAAAGAUUAUAAGUGUUAUCACCGAUCAUCUCUGAGGGUUUGUUGCGGUUUUUUCGGUGUUUCUGGCGGCACACGGCGCUAACGAUAUUAUUGCCGCCGGUGGCUUUUUUGAAAACCGUCGGUUGCUAAACUAACGCUGAGGUAAUGUUAAGCUAACGCGUCUUCCGUCGGUUUGUAACCCAGAAUUCUGGCACUCCGACUCGGACUCACACCUGCACCAGCACCGCUUGAACUUACUUUCAUUAAAAAAUAUUCAGUCCCGCUUUGUUAAACAGCGGAAACCGAGUUAAACGGGCAGAGAAGAUACCUGCUAACCAGCUAACGUUAACUACCUCCUUUUCCGGCUUUAAUUUGGAUAAAGUUCCACAGUUUUUCGUGUCUUUUUUAUCGUUUUAUUAUCAUUUUUCCCACCGGACCGGACCGGGCACUUAUGGCAGGUUCGAUGCUGCACUAUUCCGGAUCUUGGAAGCCAACCAAAUCUCCGAUGUGUUGAUGUUUCUGGUGCCCGGCUGAGUGAGUGAGUGAGUGAGUGGAGAGCCGAAGCCGGUGCCGCUUUGUUCGGGGCAGAAGCUUUCGGCUGCGCGUUUGUUGGACCCUUUCGGAACCGUGUUUGGAGGCUGUGUGUUCGGGGAUGGCGCCCCAGAAGCACGGCUCUGACCACCACGGAGCCGGGUGCAGAUCAGGCAGCGGUAAAGCCGCAGGAAACCACACGAACUCCGGCCUCAUGAACGCGGCUAAGAGACCCAAACUGGAGCAGAUUCAAGCCGACCAUGAGCUUUUCUUGCAGGCGUUUGAAAAACCGACUCAAAUAUAUAGAUUCCUUCGGACGAGGAACCUUAUGGCGCCCAUUUUUCUGCAUAGAACCCUCACAUACAUGUCUCACCGGAACUCUAGAACCAACGGGAAAAGAAAAUGCUUUAAUGUGGAUGACCUGCUCUUCAAAGUGGAGCGAACAAAAAUGGAGCAGGAGUCACACAAUUUGGCCUCCCACUUACAGCUCACUUUCACUGGAUUUUUCCAUAAAAUCGAUAAGAAUUCACAGAACUCAGAGAAUGAAGAAAACUCUGUGUCUUUGGAGGUGCUACUCAUCAAAGUCUGUCAUAAGAAACGGAAGGAUGUCAGUUGCCCCAUUAAGCAAGUGCCUACAGGUAAGAAGCAGGUGCCUUUGAACCCGGACAGCAGCCAGAUGAAGGUGGGCUCGUGCCCCACCAUUGUUGUGUCCAGUCAGGAGUUUGAGGCCAGUAACAGCCACAUGGUGAAAUCCUACUCGCUGCUGUUCAGGGUCACCUGUCCCGGAGGGAGGGAAAUCAACGGCCUCUCCAGCAGAGAGACCAAUGUUAUUGAAGAGGUUCCCAGCAGGAAGAAACGCUAUUCCUCCCAUCGGGAUGAUGGUGAGACGACGUUUGUGGCCCAAAUGACGGUGUUUGAUAAGAACAGGCGUCUGCAGCUGCUGGACGGUGAAUAUGAAGUAUCUAUGCAGGAGAUGGAAGAAUGUCCUAUCGGCAAAAAGAGAGCCACAUGGGAAACUAUUUUGGAUGGAAAGUGGGUGCCUCCGUUUGACACCUUCUCUCACGGCCCCACUCUGCAGUUCACCCUGCGCUGGACAGGUGAUACAAGUGAGCGCACUACAGCGCCUGUGGCCAGACCGCUCGCUACACGUAACUCGGACACCAGCGGCGGAGAAAGCCACAGGCCCAGCGCCCCGAAACCUCCUCAGACAGUAGCUGUUAAAGAUCCAGUUAGCACAGACAUGCCGGUGCGGAGGGAGCAGGUCCACGUUGAGCCUCGACAGAAACUACGCGUUUAUUAUCAGUUUUUGUACAACAAUAACACGCGGCAGCAGACGGAGGCGAGAGACGACCUGCACUGCCCCUGGUGCACGCUGAACUGCCGGAAACUCUACAGCCUCCUCAAACACCUCAAGCUCUCCCACAGCCGCUUCAUUUUCAACUAUGUGCCUCACCCCAAAGGAGCCAGGAUUGAUGUAUCUGUGAACGAGUGCUACGAUGGCUCGUAUGUGGGGAAUCCUCAGGACAUCCACUGCCAGCCUGGCUUUGCCUUCAGCCGUAACGGCCCGGUUAAAAGGACCUCCGUUACGCACAUUCUCGUCUGCAGGCCAAAGCGCCCGAAGCCCAGCCUUUCCGAGUUUUUGGAGUCGGAAGAGGGUCAGCUGGAGCAGCAGCGGACGUACGUCAGCGGACACAACCGCCUGUACUUCCACAGCGACAGCUGCAUGCCCCUUCGACCGCAGGAGAUGGACGUGGACAGCGAGGACGAGAGGGACCCUGAGUGGCUCCGGGAAAAGACCACCAUGCAAAUCGAGGAGUUCACAGAUGUCAACGAGGGAGAGAAAGAGGUGAUGAAACUCUGGAACCUUCACGUAAUGAAACACGGAUUCAUAGCUGACAAUCAGAUGAAUCAGGCCUGCAUGCUGUUCGUGGAGGAGUGUGGCUCCGUUAUCAUAGAGAAAAACCUCUGCAGAAACUUUCUUCUCCACCUGGUCAGCAUGCACGACUUCGGCCUGGUGAGCACCGUGACCAUUGAUAAGGCGAUGGCUCUACUGAGGCAGGGUCAGCAGCGGACCGAGAACAACUGCGGUGCCAGCAACACUCCUGGACAGGCUAGUAAAAUGGCAGAACCUGUGAAAGCACGGGCCUGAGGAACUUCACAUGAUUUCUGGACGCAUUCUGCUCAGGCACUGGGUCAAAGGGUGUCUCACACAGGAGGGGUGGUGGAGGGUAUUGCUGCGGGGUGAUUUGCAGGAGGGAUGGAGGGGAAAAAAAAACAAAAAAAACUUUGAAGAUGAUGGAAUUUUUCCAUUGUCCGUAUGUCCAGGAUGCCAGCUUAUUGCUUUUAAACCUCAAAUCAGUUCAAUAAUUGGAGCGGGAAUCUGAAGUUUUCCUCUACAUCCAAACGAGAUGUUCAGGGUGAUGUUAAUGGACGUCUUCAGCAAUCAGCUUCAAAAAUAAACGUGUGUUUUGUCUUUGUGACCUCUGGCCUCUACCCUGAGAACUUGGUAUUAACUAUAGUUUUUGGUGCCUGUUUCAAAAAGACUUUUGGAAAGAUUUUUAAUAUAUUUUAAAUAGCAUGGUAGAAAAAUGGGGAUUCCUCCUCUGUGGCUUUUACUGAUUUUUUUUUUUCUGAGGUUUUGUAAUCAUUCUCUCUAAUGGUGGUGCAUUAGUUUGUCAACAUUUCUGAAACUGUUUGGAGAGCACAGGUAUCUGGCUGAACGUUUGGAGUCCAGUCCUGAAGGGCCAGAGCAGUGCAGCUUCCCUGCUUUAAUACUUCUGAUUCAGCUAAUUACAGCAAUUUUUAACCCAGUGUCCAUCUUCUGCUUCUGUGGUCUACGGUUGAUUACCACAGGCAACAGCUUCAGCAUGUUUGCCAGAACUUCUAAUAGAAGCUGAAGUGGGCAGGUGCUAAAUUAUGUCAGGACGCAUUUAUGUAUUUUUGUAGACAAUUCAUCGUUUCAUCAGUAAGACUAGUUCAUGAUCACUGUAGAUACCAGAAAACCUUAAAGGAAAGCAAGAGCAAUCAGAACCGCUCGAUCCAGUGUUGAAAAGUUGGAUAAAACUAGUAAGAACAGCUUUAAUCAGAUGUUCUGGUACCGUUAAAGAGUGAGUGACUAAUUUGCUUCUGUAAGUGAAAAUGUAAUGGUUGUAGAUUUGAUUUGGUGCUAGUCACGAAUUUCAGUGUGUUUUCUUGGAAUUCAGCAACAGCCCUUUGGCUUUUACCACAGUGGACUGUUGCGGCAGUGAGGUUUCCGUUCUCACGUUCAAGAAAAUGUAAGUGAUACGGCAGAAAUAUCACAACACCUGAUAUGUAGAACAAUAUUUAGUUUUUCUCAGAUUUGCUGAGUUGGAACAGACACAAUGGAACCAGUAGUGCUGCAUAUAUAAAAGCCAGUAAUAAUAAUGAUAAUCCUACAGCUACAAUUAUUUAUAUUCAGUGUUUUACAAACUACAAUGAAAUAAUAAUAACAAUGAAACAUAAUUAUGUUCACUUUCUGAUUGAACGUGUAGUUAGUUUUCUUUAAGUACUGCCGAUAUGCUCAGAAAAGCGCACUGUGACAUAAUCAAUCAUGAUAUCGAUAAAAUAUGGUCAUAUCGCCCACCCCUACGUGAUACCCAAAGGCAUUCUCAGGCAAAUUUUCGGACAAAAUGUGCCAGUGGACCAGCAAAGACACCUUAAAAAAGGCUUUAUUGUGUCAAAAACAUGAAAAUGGACAAUUGGUUCAAAUUUUGAUCCAUGCAGUUGUUCAGUUCUAGAAGUACUGAUGACUCUCACGAUACUGAUGUAGAGGUGGGCAGUACGGCAAAAUGUAAUAUCGCAAUACUUCAAAGGUUUUUUACGAUACAUGAUAUAUAAUGUUUAUUUUCUGACAUUUGAUGAAGUUAUGAGACAACGUAGAGCUGCAUUUUAAAAAUAUUAAAAACUGAAUCCAAUUAAUUUGUAUUCACACACUGUCCUAUUAAACCGGACUGAAGAGGCGCUCUUUGUAAUCGAACAUGCAGUUAGGAAGUGUUUAAGUACCGAUGAUAUCCUGAUAUACUCAGAAAAGCGUAUUUUGACGCACUUUUAUACGAUAUAACGAUAUAUAUUCGAAUAUAUUCAUGUUGCCAUAUAUCGUCAUAUAAGAUUGUCUUGAUGAAGAUGUAUCAUCAGAUCGCCCGCCUGUAGGGAAACAUGCUGAGUCUGUGAUAAUCCACUGUAUGCAGCAGAUGCUGUUGAGUAUUGCAUUAAGGAGCAGGAGGAAAGCAGCACUGUGGUCCUCCAGGCCUGGAGUGCUGUAUAGAUGAGUGGGGCCGGAUUCCUGACGGUCCAGGGUGCUGAAAAUGUGAGCGUGAAUGUCCGCCAGAGUCUUAAACUGUUACACUGAAACCAGGUGAUGCACGAACACAAGACACAAACACGUACAGGGUAUUGAUCUCGUACACUUGAGGAAAAUCAGCCUCCUGAGCAGGGAGAUGACCCUGCACUCAAUGUUUACACUUCUUUUCCCAUGGAUUCAUGGACUUCGAGCAGGGUUCAGGCUUUUUAACACGUACCUUUUUACCACAAACCUUUUUGUAAGGACAUUAGUGCAGGUUUAGGUCUGAAAGCACAGUUUGUUGUUUUUAAAGAGUGGCAGCUGUUUAUUUGCCAUUAAUGGGCUGAUUCUGCUCCACUUCUUCUGUCUCUUUUAUUUGGUUUAAAGUAGUAGCUUGAGGACGCAACCCUUUCCUCUCUUCUCUAGUCGGCAGUUUUAUUUGCUGCUGUUUCGUGCAGUUCUCUUCUGUCCCCAGCCUGAAACUGUCUGAUGGGAGCUUUCUUUCUUCAGGUGUGUCUAAACACCCCGAGUCCUCUGAUAUGUACAUAAGGGAAGAGUAAACGGCGCAAAGCAUUUGGCGAGGAUGCGGAUUAGUCUUUUUACGGUGGAGUUUACAUACCAAAGGGAGUGACACUGCUGCAACUUUUUUUUUAAAACCUGAGGUUUAUAGUUCUUGCUUGACCCUUAGUUCCCAAAGGCAGCGCGAGUGUCGGAGGAAGCGGAACUGGUUUCUGUAUGCUUUGCUUUAGUUUGCUGAAACGCUGAGGGGGGCAAGGCUGAGAGAGUUUUCUGAUUUUUAAGACUCUGUCGAGUUGUGACUUUACCAGCUGAAAUGCUUAUCUAUGCUUUCUAUGCCUCAAAACGGAGACCAGCAUCAUUUGCACAAAAUGUGGUUGGCCAUAAGAAAGUUAAAUGGAUUUUAAGAAAGAAAAAAAAAAAUGAAAAUUCUUUGCCAUGAAUUGAUAGUUGGCCAGCUUUGUUGAGGUUGGUGCUUUUGCUCUAAAGGAGUGAUCUGAAAUAGUUGUUUUUCUAUUUAAAAAUAAAGAUUUUUUUUCCAUUA